AAGAGAGAGAGAGAGAGACAGCGAGCGAAGAUGGCGACCAGCUCAGAGCGCAGUCCUCCUCCGUUCCCGGAUUCCGAGGACCAAGAUGCUCUGGACUCCGAGGAAGUCAGAGGCCGAGACAGCGACGAGGACGACGGGGACGAGCUUUUCUUGAGCGCGGCCAAUACGCCCAUGGCCAAAAAGGAGAGCCCAUCAGCACCUGCCGGUCAGCUCGUUGACCUCCUGAGUGACCCUUUGAUUGAGCCCCUCAGCAGCACGACAAACGAACCCUCCUCUGAGCUUUUUGAGGACCUGACAAACGACACAGCCGUCACAGCGGGUAAGGCGUCGGACGUGGCCUCGGAUGAGUUUGUUGACAUUCUGGGAAGUGAAGCUGCAGCACAAAGAGAGGAAGUGGAUGUUACGGUGGAAGCAGCAGCGGCGGCGGAUAAGGGUGAAACGAGCCGUGGCGCAACAGAGUUACUCGCCGAUGGAGAAACGAGAAGUGCCACUGAACAGAAAGCGACUUCUGCCGCUCCAGUCAUGGACCUCGGCAGCUCGCAGCAGCCACCUGCCAGUGCAAAGGUCACCGACCCACUGGAGGACCUCCUGAGCGAUCUGCCGGCCACCGCCACGUCCAACACUCACCAACCCGGCGGCGCGGUGGUCGACCUCUUCGACGACGAGGGAAGCGACAUUUUCACCGGAGCCCCGUCUAGCAAACCCGCCAAGCAGCCUCAGAAGAGCCUCUUCGGCGAAGCGGACGAGGACCUGUUCGGCGAGCCGCUGGGCGCCGUCUCGAAGAAAGCCGCCGGUAAGGAGCAGAAGGAGAAAUCCGUCCCGGCUUCAGCUGGAGAACCUGCACACAUCUUCACCAAGGAGGCGGUCGGCACGGUGCCAAACGCCAGAGCGGUCGACUCCAAAACCAACGGAAUCCCUCCCGAAGAGGACUCUGAUAUAUUUUCAGAAGCCACAGUGGAGCUUUCCCUGGACAGUCCGAGGAGCGAGAGAAGGAAAGAGGCGACGACCAAACCGCCUGUUUCCGCCUCCACCUCCGUCUCAACCAGCCUCGCCAAGCCACAGUCGGUCGCCGUGGAAGAGCUGGAAGAAGAGGAGGAAGAGGAACUUGAAGAUAAGUUUGACAUCCAUGUCUCUGUUAAAGACCCUGAGAAAAUAGGGGACGGCAUGAACGCCUACAUGGCUUAUAAAGUAUCAACACAGACCUCUCUGCCGAUGUUCCGCAACAAAACGUUUACGGUGAGGCGACGCUUCAGCGACUUCCUGGGCCUCUAUGAGAAGCUUUCAGAAAAACACGGACCGAACGGAUUGAUCGUUCCUCCGCCGCCAGAAAAAAACCUCCUAGGAAUGACAAAAAUGAAGGUGGGAAAGGAAGAUUCGUCAUCGGCAGACUUUCUGGAGAGGAGAAGAGGAGCUUUGGAAAGGUAUCUCCAGAGAGUAGUGACUCACCCAAUGCUCCUGCAGGAUCCUGAUGUCAGAGAAUUUCUGGAGAAAGAGGAACUGCCCAGAGCCGUCAGCACCCAGGCGCUGAGCGGGGCCGGCUUCCUUAAGAUGCUCAACAAGGCAACGGACGCCGUCAGUAAAAUGACCAUCAAGAUGAACGAGUCGGAUGUGUGGUUUGAGGAGAAGCUGCAGGAGGUUGAGUCUGCAGAUCAGCAGUUCAGGAAGCUCCACGCUCUGGUUGAGUCGCUCGUCGUUCACAGAAAAGAGCUGUCCCUGAACACGGCGAGCUUCGCCAAGAGCGCGGCCAUGCUGGGUAGCGCCGAGGACAACACGGCGCUGUCCCGCGCCCUGUCGCAGCUGGCCGAGGUGGAGGACAAGAUGGAGCAGCUCCACCAGGACCAGGCCGCCAAUGACACCUUCAGCUUCGCCGAGAUGAUCGCAGACUUCAUCCGCCUGCUGGGAGCGGUCAGGGGCACGUUCGACCAGCGGAUGAAGGCGUGGCAGCGCUGGCAGGACGCGCAGGCCAUGCUGCAGAAGAAGAGGGAGACGGAGGCCAAGCUGCUGUGGGCCAACAAGCCGGACAAGCUGCAGCUGGCCAAGGAGGAGAUCGCCGAGUGGGAGGUCAAAGUGACUCAGUAUGAGAGAGACUUUGAGAGAGUUUCUGCAACUGUGCGCAAGGAAGUCGUCCGCUUCGAGAAAGAAAAGACCAAGAAUUUCAAGAGACAGAUAAUCGUGUACCUGGAGUCUCUGCUUCAGUCUCAGCAGCAGCUGAUCAAGUACUGGGAGGCGUUCCUGCCUGAAGCCAAAGCCAUCGCCUAACGGCCGACCCUCUGACCAACAAACAGGCUGCCUUCUUUAUACACUUUACCUCCUUUUGCCUUUAAAGCAAGAAAACAAACGUGUUCGUUGAAAAGGGAGAUACAAUCAACAUGUUUUUUUUUGGGUUUUUUUAAAUACAAUCAUCCUUAACAUAUAGCUCUGUAUUCUAUUGUAUUAAUAACUGUAUAUUUUCAUUUAUCCCUCCACUAUUUUCUUACUAGAGCAAAGAGUUUAAAGAGAUGGAAAGAGGAAAAGUUUAGCCCAGUGAUUUUUCAGUAGCGCCCUCUGCGGGUGAUGAGGAGCUCCUUCCAGUCUGAAGCUGAAGGUGGCAAAGAGUCUCACUCUGCUUCUCGCUUGUAAUAAUGGCUCGAAAAAAAAAAAAAAAAAGGGGGGGAUUAAAUAACUUUUCUGAGCACUUCUAGCCGCUGGAUAAACUUCCUCGAGUUCUAGCCGGUUUAUUUUUCUUCACAGGUUGAAGUAGUGGGGAGGGGAAUGAAACGGGUUACACGUCAUGUUUGUGGGUUCGAUGUUUUCCAGUGGGAUUUAAGUCAUGCAAAACCAUGUGUCUGUGCCUUUUUACUUGGAAAUGAUGCUAGUUUGAGAGAAUUUUGUACACAGAUGUGAGCCGAGCAGAGGCUUUGUUGCACUUAGUUAAAAAAAAAAAUUAAAAAAAGAGAGACGGACCGUGCUGAUGUGUUUUCCUGAAUGGAAACUUGCUGAGUACAUGUGGAACAGGUGAGCAUGUCUGGGCCUGUUUCUCACGUCAAAGUUCAUGAUCGACUCUUUUACCAAACAGCCAAUCGGAUGUGUCAACUAAAAGCUGCCAGGAUGUUUGUUUUUUUUUUUCUCUCUGCUGGUUCUGCUUCUUGCUUUUUCUUUCACACCAAAUGGGUCCCACCUGUCACUGUCAUCAAACUGAAGUUUCUCUGAUGGAAACAUGAUCAAGAUGCAUCUAAAUUUAAAAAUAUAUAUGUAUAUAUAUAUUUUAUUUUUUUUUCCCCCCCAAAUUGUUUUACUUUAAAUUCAGUCAUUUGCUGCUUCAGGUUAAAUUAACACUCAGUCAUAUUUGCAGAAGUAAUUUUUCCAGAAGUUUGAGUCGUGUCUGUUUGCAUCAUCAGAACGUUGAUGGAAAGUUUGUUUGUUUUUCUGGGGGGUUUUUGUGGCAGACUCAUAGAGAAGCAGGGCUUGAAUCAAAGCAGAACGUUGAAUAUUUUUCUGAAUGAAUCACGAGUUAUUUAGCACCACCGUGAAACAGAACGGGCCGUCGUCUUGGGUAAAUUAUUCAACAAGAAUGAAGGAGUGACGAAUCAAGACUGUCUUAAGCUGUACAUCUGAAGCAUUACCUGGAACCCGUCACUGCCUUACGGAGGCAAAUCUUCCACCUGGUUCCUGCUUUAACGUCUCGGUUCCUCACAGCAAAAAAACUGAACUUCAUCACCGUUUUCACACGGAAGAUCUUGUAAUGUCCUGAGAUUUUUUUUUGAUUUUUUUUUUUUUUCUUCUUUAGGCCCAUAACUUUUAAAAAAAAUGUAUUUCUACACCACAUUACUAAAAUUGUCUGUAUGGCCUCUGUCACUAUUGUAAUGUCGGGACAUACACUGUGUCAUACAGUAGAUUCCUUAAAAAAAACAAAUCAAUAAAGGUUGCACUGUUUACUCUUGAAGAUUUCAUAAA